AUUUGGUUAUAUGGUUAUUUGGUUUCGUGAAAAUUUCGAAAGUUGACUUUUGCUUUAUAAAAAAUGGGAAUUACGGAAGACAUAACUCUCCCAACUGAAGAAGAAAUCACUGUACAAGAAGUACCUUUAUCUGGUCCAGCUUUGAAAGCAGGUGCUUUUCAUUUAGGAAAAGCUUGCGAGUUUCAAAAUAAUGAGUUCGUUUUAUGUAGAGAGGAAACAAAAGAUCCCCGAGCUUGUAUCAAUGAAGGAAAAGAAGUUACUAGUUGUGCUUUAAAUUUCUUUAGGCAAAUUAAGAAAACCUGUGCUGAUGAAUUUAUGCAAUAUGUUCAUUGCCUUGACAAAUCUAGUCCUGAUCAAGCGUUUAUACCGUGUCGUAAAACACAAGCAGUAUUUGAUAAGUGUGUUAAAGACAAUUUAGGCAUGGAAAGACCUCCGUUCGAUUAUUAUGCAAGAGUUCAUGUUCAUAAAACCAGCAGGCCCAAACCAGAGGUUGAGGGGCCAACUGUUUACGAAGAUGCCACUCCUGGUCUUCCAAAAGAUGCUCCUAGACCUGAAGCCAAAUAUGGUUCACGAUACAUCUUCAUGUGGUAAAAAUCAUUAUAUUGCUGUGACACAGCAGUUCAUGUAGUUUCCGUUAUUGUAUAGUAUAUUAUAAAUAAAAAAUAAAACUAGA